UAAAAAAGGAAUCUUUCCUCUGCUAGCAGUGCCGGCUCAGCUCUGGCUGCCCCCAAAAUAAAAGUCAAACUCAAAUCGAUAAAGGAAACCCAAAAUAGAAUUUGAAAGAAAGACACAUCGGCAAACCAAGUUUGGAACCUUUAUCCCGCUUGUCUAUGGAAUACAUCAUUAAGGCAGUUGUCAGAGGUUUAGUCUUUCCAAUAUUGAGAACGUUUUUUUGGUUAUUUGGCAGCCAGAUGUCCAGCAUCCAGUCACUAGGGCCAGGCUGCCUCCAGGCCUCCACCCGGGAACAGCUGCUCCAUCAAUGCCAGGAAACGCCAGCCAGGAAGGUCCCUCUACUCCGCAGGCAGUUCAAGCAGUUGCCCGUGGCGACGCAUCUAGGGAACGAUGCGCCAGAUAGCGGCAAUUGUCAGAGCAACGGCCUUGCAGCUGAAACGGGGCCUGAUGUAUCGAUGCCCGGAGACGGUAGAGUGCGAGUGAUGGUGUGGAACGUAUUGGCCGAUGCUCUGAGUAUGGGAGCAGAUAACUUCAUAAAGUGCCCCAUGGAAGCUUUGUUAUGGGAACACAGAAAGUAUGCCAUCAUAGAGGAGAUUCUGACCUAUGACCCAGACGUGGUUUGCUUACAGGAAGUUGAUCACUAUGAGGACUUCUUUCAACCUGUCCUCCAGCAGAUAGGUUACUCUGGUUCCUUCAACCCAAAACCAGACUCACCUUGCUUAGACUGUGUGAUAAACAAUGGUCCUGAUGGAUGUGCUGUCCUCUUCAAAACGGGCCGUUUCAAGCUUGUGAAAAGCGAGCUUCCGAACCUGGAAGUGGACUACAACGGGAAGAAGUUUGUGUCCAAUCAGGUAGCAGUUAUGCAUCAUUUGAAGUGCAUCUCGGAGGAGCUACCCGCCAAAGAAUUCUGCAUAGCGACCACCCACCUGAAGGCGAAGCGCGGUUACGAGACGAUGCGAGCCAAGCAGGGUCAGCAUCUGAUUGAGGUCCUCAAGAACUGCUCCAGGAACCUACCUCUGAUCGUCGGCGGUGACUUCAACGCCGAACCCACCGAAGACGUCUACAAUGUGUACAAGACCAGCGACCUCAACCUGGCCAGUGCCUACCAGAAAUUGAGCAAGGACGGACUGCAGGAACCGCCCUACACCACGUGGAAGAUCCGUCCAAGGAGAGAGGAGUGCCACACCAUAGACUACAUGUGGUACUCGCAGAAGCACCUUGAACCUGUAGCACUCCUGCAGUUUCCUGGAGAGGAAGACAUAGGUUCUGGGAGAUUACCGUCCUGGAGCUACCCGUCCGAUCAUCUGUCCUUGGUGUGUGACUUUGUUUUCAAGAGGACAUGAGUCCGUGUCCACGUGCAAUGUUUUACAUAAACCAAAACCAACCCAUCCAGGUUACCAAAGUUUGAAAUUACAUGUGCUUUGUUUCGUUGUUCCUCAGUCAUGACAUGUUUUUUGCUUUAGGAAAGCACCUAAUAUCAUUCCUCACCAUUGUGCCAAUAACAGAUGUUCAUUGUUCAUAUAUUUUCAUGAGAAAGAUAUUUAUUCAAAUAGAUAUACAUGUAUUACAGAUUUGCAACCUAACAUGUGGUGAUUACUGUAAAUGUCUUGCAAUGUACGCCACCAUACAAAUGCCUUCCGCGAGGUCAUAUUAGUUUUACAAUUUGUAUGAAAAUGGGAAUUGAAACAUGGAGGAUCCGAUAUAUGUACAUAUCCUUGUCCCUGGUUUCAUGUCAUAAAGAAUUUUUAUAAUUACAAAUGAAAUGUAAAAUUUCUAUAACAUCUUUACUGUAAUUCUUUUAUAGCUGAAAACUGAUUUUACAAAUAUGUUUUCAUAACAAGUCUUAUGUAGCAGACACAUGAUUGAUUAUUGCAAUUUGUUGUAGAAUGGUAUUAGUAAUAACUUAAAUAGUUGUGGACUGGUAUUAGUAAUAACUCUAUGUGUUGCAGUAUAUUGUAGAGUGUAUGCCACAAGAGGGUGCAAAUGAUAUUUGGAGUUUAUUAAUAUAAGGGGACAAGCAAGUUCUUGUAUACGAGGGGCGACUGAAAUUAUUUUAGCCUAACAUAGAAAGGAUUAAGAUAUGAAGACCGAAUUUGGUCCAUAAAAGCUUUCAAAUUUCUUAAUCCUACAUGUACUGUACCUACCAAAUUUCUUGGUCAUAGCUGAAUUGAGUCUUAUUUUACAGGUUCCUAAAUUUCUGUAUCAGGUGGGUGUUUCAUGACAGUUGUCAACGCUGAAUAAAUUAUCAGUGCUGACAGUUUCAGUGAAAUCCUUGGUUUGGAUU